AUGGCAACAGUAACGUCCACACCAAAUUCUAACCAUACGAUUUUAAAUGAAUACAGUCAUCAACAAACACCGUUGAAUAACUAUUCAAAACUACCUCUCGAUUAUUCAUUAUCAUCACCUUCGUCUACCUUAUCACCCGCUUCAACCGUUUCAAGUAGCAAUACAACAAACAAUGCUUCAAUAUCGUUGAAUUCAUCACCCGAUAAAUCUCAACUACUAAAUGAUUCUAUUAUUCAAGAACAACAACGUUUAAUCGACUAUUUUGUCGUUUGUGGACUAGAUAAACAAGCCGAUUUGAAACCGUGUGAACUAGCCACAGCAUCAACUAUAGAAGAUGGUAAUAUCUUACUUAGUCCGCUACAAAAUUCUUAUCGUUGUGAAGUAUUAGCUCAUUAUCCGAAAGAUGUAGCAAAUAAUUCAUUUGAUGAUGAAGCUAUUAUUAGAUUGUCGAUGCCUCAUGGUCUUACAUUUAAAACUCACCCAGAAGAAACUCAAACUCAUCCAUUUCUGAUUACUCGUCUGGAUGGCCAACGUUAUUAUGGUAUGGCAUUAACCUUUUAUGAAAAAAUCGAUGAUACAUCUCCUAUAUGUGUUCAAAUGGAACAAUUACAAAAUGAUUUUAAUCAACAAUUAGAACAAUCAUCGGUUAAUAAAGAACAUCAUUCACAUCAUAGUCGAACAUCUUUACUAUCUACAUCUAUGUAUUCAUCUUCGCCAUCUACAUCUUCACCAACGAAAAUCAUGUCAUUAUCAUCAAUCAGUUCAGAUUAUUCAUCAUUUCAACGUUUUACAAAAUCAAAUUCAAAGCGUCAACAAUUAUUACAUUAUAGUCGUCUAUCAGAUACUCUUUAUGGAACAAAAACUAUUUGUUUAAUAUCACAAUAUUCGUUUUAUACAGCUUAUCGUAAAAUUUUGGAAAUACUUUAUCGUAUGGAGUCAGAUUUUGAUCUACUUGGAUUACCUUUGGAAUCUCAUUUAUAUAAUCUCCUAUCUGAUGUCUAUUUACCACCACCUGGUCACAUUAUGAAAUUUUAUGUUGGAGAAAAAAUUCUAUCAAUUUAUCGUCCACAAGAAAAAGAAUUACCAUUACUCGAUUUUAGUCUUCUAGAAUUUUUUCAAUUAUUAGGUGUGACAAAUGUUGUCGAUUUAUUUACAUGUGCAUUAUUAGAACAUCAAAUUAUAUUAAAAUCAUAUGAUUAUUCUCGUUUGAUGUUGGUUGCCGAAUGUUUAACAAGUUUAUUUUUUCCAUUUACGUGGACAUUGUUAUAUGUACCCAUAGUAUUUACAGCUGCAUUAGUCUGCAUUGAUGUCCCCGUACCAGCUAUCAUGGGAUUGAAAAUUGAUGAUAAUGAAGAAAUAACAUUUGAAGUACAGAGAUGUGUUGUGAAUAUUGAUACAGGCAGUAUCCAAUUACCCGAAGAUACUCCAUUGUUUCCUGAUCGUAAUAAAUUUAUUCAAGAAUUAAGUAAUAUUCUUUCACGUUUUGAAUCACAACAGUCACAGUCGAUAAAUGCCACUAAUUCGUCUUCAAAAUCAAUCGGCCAUUCAUCUCGUCUCUCAAACUAUGAUCGAUUAGUAAAUGAUGAUUGGCACAUGAUCUCAUCAUUUGAUCAAGGAGACGAUGAUAAUGAAAAUGAAAAUAAUAAUCAUUUAGAUGAACCAAGUCAAGCGUUAGCAAGAAUGGCAGCUAUAGCAAAACGAGCAGGAAUUAUUUUAAAUGGUAAUUCAAAUGAUCCCAAUGACGAGUUAUCCUUGUCUCAACGUCCAUCUCUCGAUGAAAAAGAUCAACUAUAUUCUUCUGCUGAUAUUCUACAAAUUCAAUGUAAUUCAUGCCUUCGCGAAUGUUUUCUUAACCGUUUUGCUCAAUUAUUUUCUAAAUUUGAUGAGUUCAUUUGUUAUCCAACGCUCACAACGGAAACGUCAACAAUUAAUGAAUGGUUAGAAAAACGAAAUACUACGAAGAAUUUUGAUCGUACAACAUUUAUUAGUGAACAACCCAAACCCUAUGUGACAUUUCUUCUAGCAUUUAUGGAAACACAAUCGUUUGUAUCGUUUAUUGAUUCAAAGAUCAUUGCCCAAAAGUUUCAACAACAAGAACAAUCGAUUCAUUUAUUUGGACUCACUGAAAAACAUUUACAAAUAUUUUCUGAUCGUAUUAGCUCUUAUCGUUCUCACAUAAAUCCUACAUGUUAUGAACCGUGUUCAUCCAUUCCGGACAUCGAAGAAGAUAUUCGUCGACGUUUUACAAACAUUAAUUCAAAUCUUGUAAUUACUGCUCCAGUAGUUCGUCAACUAUCGUUCUCUAAACCCACACCAUCACGAACACAACAACGCUAUUUAUUUGAAAAUUUAGACUCCACUCUAUUGGAUAAUGUAGCAUUAUCAUCUAUAACGAGAACAUCGUCGAGUUCAAUUCAACAAGGUCGCAAUUCUCGACUAUCAAAAUCAUUUCAUCACACACCGACUAAAAACUCUUCUAGACAUUCGUUGUCAUCACAUCAUGCAAAACUAAAAAAACAGAAUACGCAGGGAAAUGGACCGACAAAAGUUGGUGAACAUGUAGUAGAAACAGAACUGGUCUUUCAACAAUUAUUAAAAGAGUGUACAAUGAAAACAAAACGUAUGGUAUUAGAAAAGAUGAGUGCCGAAGGUGUUAAUUUGGGUAGUCAACGAGAUGAAACAUAUGUUAACUUAGAAGAAAACGUAUUGAUUGGAGGAUUUUGUGAUCUAUUAGAAAGAAUAUGGUCACAUGGAUUACAUCACAAACCGCAAGGCAAAUCGGCACUAUGGAAUCAUUUAAAAUGUUAUUGUAAAUUGAAACAUUAUGAAAUGGCCGAGCUGCCAUCAUAUUCAAAAGAUGAAAAUCCCGCAUUGGUUUGGUGUUUGAUGCGUAAACAUUUAGCACACGGUACCCAUAGGACACCAUCUCCUACUACUCAUCGUUCUCAUACGUUACCUCGAAAUAAAUCAUUGAGUACAACGAAUCGUCAUACGCCCACAUUUACAAUCUCUACCCAUUCACCGUCCAAUAAUCUUCGAAAAAGAAGUCCCUUAACAACUUCAACAUCAAAUUUAUCACCGCAAAUUUCCUCUCAGCAACAGCAACAGGAUGAUUUUUUAAAUCCAUUAUCGUCAGAUAUAAUGCAUGAUGUGAAUCAAAUUGUUGAAAUGCUUUCAACAAUUUCAUCAGAAGUUGGCUGUGCACGAGCAUUUAUACGUUUAUCUUUGGAGAGAAAAUUAUUGAGUGAACAUUUGACAGAAUUAUUUGAACAUACUGAUUUAUUAAAAUCAUUAUACAAACGUGAUUCAUUUUUAAGAGCAGAUGAUGGUGAAGCAAGACAGCAAUUUCUUGCACAUAUUGAAUCAUUAAAAUUAAUCGAUUAUUUCUCAUUUACAAAUUCUUAUUCAGAUAUCAGUGUUAAAUAUCGUGUUCUCAUUGUUCCAUUUCGUGGUUUUCAUGCUCAAUCGACGUCAGCGAAUCCCUAUUUAUCUAUCGAUGGGACAUUAGCGUCAACAAAAACACUACAAAUAUCAAAGAAUACAUUAGAAUUGGUAUUUAAACACAAAAAUCUCGGACAACUAACAACAUUGCGAAUUGGACAUGAUAAUUCGGGAUUAAUGCCCAGAUGGGCUAUUGAAUAUGUUCUUGUUCGAAAUGAUAUUACGGGACAUAUUUACAGAUUUCCUUGUGGUCGUUGGCUCGGUAAAGGUGUCGAUGAUGAUAGUCUUGAACGAAUAUUAUUUGCAGAAUCUGUGCCAUCAUAUAGUGAAUUAUACCAAGGAACAACAUCAAACGGUAAUAAUUUGAAUUAUCAAAGUUUAAAUGGUUCAAAUACGAAUUUAACAGCAAUUCGCUCACGUUCACCGAGUAUACGACGAAUUAGUGAAACAAAUUUCAUGUUAAGUUGGUUGAUGAGUAGAUCAGAGUCUAAUUUAAAUUAUUCAACAGAUGAUUGUCAAACAAAUCAAGCUGAUGACAUUUAUGAAUUAUUAGGAAAAUCAAUUAAUCAAUUAGUAAAAUAUUUUGAUGAAUCAGAGAAAAGACGUGGAAUUGUGACACCAAUAUUAUGUGGUGAAGAUGGUCUUGUGAAUAGUUUAGAAAAAACAUUUUCAUAUGGUAUGAAAAAAAAUGCUUUUCCAUUUGGACGAAAACGUUAUGUUUGGGAUUUUUUAUUGAAAGCUUGUGAUGAAUAUGAAAUGAAACGUUCAGAAUGGCGUAAUAAUAAAAAUAGUCAAGUAGAAAAAUCGAUCAUAUGUUAUAUAAAUGGUGUAAGAUCAAUUGAAAAAGCUCUACAAAAUUUUGGAAAAGAUGGACGAUUUCAAAGUUGGUGUUGUUUAGGAUGCAAGUUACACCUAUUAGCCGAUUGGUUUAAAUUAUUAACAUUAUGUUCCGAUACCUUAAUCAAUUUAUUUUAUGAAUCAAAUUCAAAUUGUUUUCGUCAAGAGAAAAUAAAUCGUUUUAUAUCAAAUAUAUUACAACCAUUAAAAGAAUUUGAUUUUCAAUUAGAACCGGCUCUUCUCAAAGGAACAUCUCAACACAACCCUGAUUUUUGUGAUGAUUUUGUUCGUCCUGAUCGUAUUGAUUAUGAUUAUGAUAAUAAUUUUGGCGAUUCUUUUUAUGAUUCUUUUUAUGCUAGUUAUGCUGCUCACGCUCGUCGUGAUGCUAUUCCUCUUGAUGCUUGA